UUUCCGGAGCUGCGGCGGUGUAGACGGGGAGGGGGAGCUUGGGGGUUCCGACGUCGCAGCGGAGGGAAGGAGCCCCAACCGGAUCCUUGACGAGCACCCCAGCUCGGCUUUGCCCCUCUGCGUCGCCUAGGAGAGGCCCGGCGGCCCGAGGGAGCCCGGCCACCCGCACCCGACGCAAGCUCAGCCCCGGCCUGUCGGGCCUCACAGCUGGAGAAACAGUUGGGACCCCCCUGAUUUCAGCAGGAUGGCCCAGUGGAAUCAGCUUCAGCAGCUAGACACACGGUACCUGGAGCAGCUUCAUCAGCUGUACAGCGACAGCUUCCCAAUGGAGCUCCGGCAGUUUCUUGCACCUUGGAUUGAGAGUCAAGACUGGGCAUAUGCUGCCAGCAAAGAAUCUCAUGCCACAUUGGUGUUUCAUAAUCUCUUGGGUGAGAUUGACCAGCAAUACAGCCGCUUCCUACAAGAGUCCAAUGUUCUCUAUCAGCACAAUCUGCGAAGAAUCAAGCAGUUCCUUCAGAGUAGGUAUCUUGAGAAGCCAAUGGAGAUCGCUCGAAUAGUGGCCAGGUGCCUGUGGGAAGAGUCCCGCCUCCUCCAGACUGCAGCCACUGCAGCCCAGCAAGGGGGCCAGGCCAACCACCCCACAGCUGCUGUGGUGACGGAAAAGCAGCAGAUGCUGGAGCAGCACCUUCAGGAUGUUCGAAAGCGAGUACAGGAUCUAGAACAGAAAAUGAAAGUGGUAGAGAAUCUCCAGGAUGACUUUGAUUUCAACUAUAAAACCCUCAAGAGUCAAGGAGACAUGCAGGAUCUGAAUGGAAACAACCAGUCUGUGACCAGGCAGAAGAUGCAGCAGCUGGAGCAGAUGCUCACAGCGCUGGACCAGAUGCGGAGAAGCAUCGUGAGUGAACUGGCGGGGCUUUUGUCAGCAAUGGAGUAUGUGCAGAAAACACUUACUGACGAAGAGCUGGCUGACUGGAAGAGGCGGCAACAGAUUGCUUGCAUUGGAGGCCCUCCUAACAUCUGCCUGGAUCGUCUGGAAAACUGGAUCACCUCAUUAGCAGAAUCCCAACUUCAGACCCGCCAGCAAAUCAAGAAACUGGAGGAGUUGCAGCAAAAAGUUUCCUACAAAGGGGACCCCAUUGUACAGCACCGGCCAAUGCUGGAGGAGAGAAUCGUGGAGCUGUUCAGAAACUUAAUGAAAAGUGCCUUUGUGGUUGAGCGGCAGCCCUGCAUGCCCAUGCAUCCUGACCGGCCGUUAGUCAUCAAGACUGGUGUCCAGUUCACCACUAAAGUCAGGUUGCUGGUCAAAUUCCCUGAGUUGAAUUAUCAGCUUAAGAUUAAAGUGUGCAUUGACAAAGACUCUGGGGACGUUGCAGCUCUCAGAGGAUCCCGGAAGUUUAACAUUCUGGGCACAAACACAAAAGUGAUGAACAUGGAAGAAUCCAACAAUGGCAGCCUCUCUGCCGAAUUCAAGCACUUGACCCUCAGGGAGCAAAGAUGUGGAAAUGGGGGCCGCGCCAAUUGUGAUGCCUCCCUGAUUGUGACCGAGGAGCUGCACCUGAUCACCUUUGAGACUGAGGUGUAUCACCAAGGCCUCAAGAUCGACCUAGAGACCCACUCCUUGCCAGUUGUGGUGAUCUCCAACAUCUGUCAGAUGCCAAAUGCCUGGGCCUCAAUCCUGUGGUAUAAUAUGCUGACCAACAACCCGAAGAACGUGAAUUUUUUCACCAAGCCCCCAAUUGGAACCUGGGAUCAAGUGGCUGAGGUGCUGAGCUGGCAGUUCUCCUCCACCACCAAGCGAGGCCUGAGCAUCGAGCAGCUGACCACGCUGGCAGAGAAACUCUUAGGACCUGGUGUGAACUAUUCAGGGUGUCAGAUCACAUGGGCUAAAUUUUGCAAAGAAAACAUGGCUGGCAAGGGCUUCUCCUUCUGGGUCUGGCUAGACAAUAUCAUUGACCUUGUGAAGAAGUACAUCUUGGCCCUUUGGAAUGAAGGGUACAUAAUGGGCUUCAUCAGUAAGGAGCGGGAGCGGGCCAUCCUGAGCACCAAGCCCCCAGGUACCUUCCUGCUGAGAUUCAGUGAAAGCAGCAAAGAAGGAGGAGUCACUUUCACUUGGGUGGAAAAGGACAUCAGUGGAAAGACCCAGAUCCAGUCAGUGGAACCAUAUACCAAGCAGCAACUGAAUAAUAUGUCAUUUGCUGAAAUCAUCAUGGGCUAUAAAAUCAUGGACGCUACCAAUAUCCUGGUGUCUCCACUGGUCUAUCUCUACCCUGACAUUCCUAAGGAGGAGGCAUUUGGAAAGUAUUGUCGGCCAGAAAGCCAGGAGCAUCCUGAAGCUGACCCAGGUAGUGCUGCCCCAUACUUGAAGACCAAGUUUAUCUGUGUGACACCAACGACCUGCAGCAAUACCAUUGACCUGCCGAUGUCCCCCCGCACUUUAGAUUCAUUGAUGCAGUUUGGAAAUAAUGGUGAAGGUGCUGAGCCCUCAGCAGGAGGGCAGUUUGAGUCCCUCACAUUUGACAUGGAGUUGACCUCUGAGUGCGCUACCUCCCCCAUGUGAGGAGCGAGAACGGAAGCUGCAGAGAUGUGACUGAGGCACCUACCCGUGUUCUACCGCCCCUUAAGCAGCCAAACCCCAGAGCAUCUGAAGCUCCUCUUUGUGGUUCCAGAUUUUUUUUUUUUUUCAAAUCUCCUACUUCUGCUAUCUUUGAGCAAUCUGGGCACUUUUUAAAAUAGAGAAACGAGUGAGUGUGGGUGAUGUGCUUUUAUCUAAAUGCAAAGAAGAACGCUCUCCGAGACCAUGAUGGGGGCAUGGUAGUGGGUGGCCAGCGGGAGAAAAACGGAAAUGUCUUGUAUUCUUUUGUUCCCCCCUGCCCUCUUUCUCAGCAGCUUAUUGUUGUCGUUUGUUGUUAGACAAGUGCCUCCUGGUGCCAUCGGCAUCCUUCUGCCCAUUUCUGUGAGCUAAUGCCACAGGCUGCCUGUUGCUGCGUGCUCUCGGCCUUGCACUUUUAACCUUGCUAACGUCCAAAUAGAAGAUAGGACUAUCUAAGCCCCUAGGUUUCUUUUAAAUUAAAAACAUAAUAAUAAUUAAAGGGCAAAACACACUGUAGCAGCAUAGCCUUUCUGCAUUUAAGAAGACUCAGUUAAUGGCCUCCUUGGUGCUUUAAGCAUUCAGCUAUCUUCAAGCUGAUAAUUUAUAUAAACCCUGAAAUGGGUAUCAGUCAAACCCUUUAAAGACAUCGAAGCUAUGGCGUGGCUAUUGGGUUUGAACUGGGAGGGUUGAGGAGAACCAAACAUCCCAGACUCUUGUUAUUUUAUUUUCCUUGGAGUGUGUUGGCCUGCUAGAGGGUAAGGCUGGGAGGGGGCCUGAAAAUCCUUGCUCCCUUUCUCUUUGGACUUUGGCCCUUGUUUCAGAGCCAGCUUGUUCCUGCGUAUUCCUUAUCAGGCCUAGGAUCCCGCUGGCUUCCUUUCCCACAGAUCCCUGCUAGUUACACAGCUCCUUCCCUGUCUAAAGGACCCCUGUCCCAUUUGUUUUAGGAAUCCUGGUCUUGGGACCUCAGGAGAUAAAAGAGAGAAGUUGUAGGUUGAACAUGACUCAGACUCCAGGUCCCCAACAAAGUGUCUAGUUGAGCUCAGGGAAUAUGGUUCUUAUCCCAGUUUCUUGGUGACAUCCAAAGGCACCUGUACCCCUUCUUCACUUGUUAAUAUAGGGCCAAGGCUGACUGAUAAAAUCAAGGCCUGUCCCUCCUGUGAGGUGUACACACCUGGCCUCCCUCAAAACUGGUGACUGUCUGCCCCCUCUGGGGCCCCCGGGUGAGGCAGAACAAUGAGAAUGCCUGCACCUGCUCUGGCCUUCCUGUCAGUGCCUGCCUCAGCCUGUCAGCACACCUCUGCCCUGCAUUUUGGAACGCUUAGCAGCUGGCGACAUGGGCCUUCUCUGACCAAGAGGCAUGGCUGGAUUUGGUGACUCAAAACCACCUUGCCUCAGUUGAUCAGAUUGUCUAGAAUUCUGUUUGUUAGACCCAGAUUAACUAUAGCCUGGAUUAAGGGGGUGAGGAUGAACAGGGCUUGCCUCGACCACCUGUGUCCUCUGGCCUCAAGAUGGUUAUUUGUGUAGGGAGCUUUCCCUUUUCCAGUAACACUCUUCAGUACACAAUAAGCUGAACUCAUAAACUGAGAGAAUAUGUAGAAAGGUGAGGCUGGGGCUUACCAUUGGGUUUAAUGCCUAGGGACCUAGGGCAAGGGCUUGGGCUUCUCUGGAACAAGUAUUAUAAAGUUCAUGGCUUUAGGUAGCAUGCUUGUCUGGUUUUAACUGAUUAUAUAUAGCAAAAGUUCUGACAGGAGCUGAGUCUUAUUCUGGCCCCCCCUUCAAAACACAGAGUCCUCAGGACCUGCCCAUUUUUUGUCUAUUGUCCCCUGCCGGUCCCCAGCCAAGCCAAGGAAUUCCCGUGGUUUGUAAGCUGCUGUCCCUAGCCACUGCAUUCAAAUUCCAAUGUAUACUUCCUAGUGUAAAAAUUUAUAUUAUUGUGUUUUUUUUUUGUAUAUUGCUGUAUCUACUUUAACUUCCAGAAAUAAAAAUUAUAUAGGAACCGUC